AUGACAUCGAAUACUAUAAUUACGGAAAACUCUCCUACUACUAACGGUCAAAUAUUAUCUACAAAGAAUAAAUUAAAUGAAUUUUAUUCACCAUCACUAAAUAUUUCUCGUUCAUCAUCAUUUUCAUCUAUACAUUCAUCAUCAUCAUCUUCAUCUUGUUUAUCAAAUAAACCAAAUUCAGAUUCUUCUAUAAAUAAAAUAAAUUCUAAUUCAACAUUAUCUUCUAAUCAUCGUAAAGAAUCAACAUUAAAACUUCCAUAUCCAGUUUUAUCUGAUCAUCGUGAUCCAUCAUCAAUACUUAUUUUAUUACAAAAAGAAACUCAAACAACAUCAAAAAAAAUAUCCAAUGUUAUUAAACAAAUUGAUGAUUAUGAACAACGUUUAACAUUAAAUAUGUAUACAGAUAAUGAAAAGAAAACUUUUAAAUAUGAACGUGCUAAAUUAAAACAACAAUUAGAUGCAUUAAAAAAACAUGAACGUCGUGUUAAUUUACAAAUUGAUUUUAUAACAACUAAAACAGAAAUAAAAGGUUUAGAAGAUGAACAAAAACAAAUUGAAAAUAAUCAACAUUCAGAUGAAAGUCAACAAAUAAAAAUUUUAUUAGGAAAAUUAAAACAAAAAUUAGAUAAAAUGAAAAUUUAUAUGAAAACAAGAAAUGAACAAAUGAAAAAAAUUAGUAAUACUAAACAACAUUUAACUACUUCAAAUAAUAAUCGAAAAUCAUCAUUAUCAUCUAGUCAAAAACAACAACAUUUUUGUUCAUCAUCAAUAAAAGAUUUGAAUCGAAAACGUCCUCCAACUUCCGUAGAUAAUUGUCAUUCGAAUAAACGUUUAAAACCAACAGUACCUGUUGUUCGUUUAACAUCUCGUGUAACAAGUCAUGAUUCAAAAAAACAUUCAACACAACCACCAAUUGUACGAUUUAUUAAUAAAACAACAGAUUCAACAAUUACAACAAUCAAUUCAGCAUCUCCAACAACACCAGCAUCAUCAUCAACUUUAUCACCACCUUUAAUUGCAAGUACAAGUCGUGGAGAUACAAAUAAUAUUCAAAAUUCUCUAGAACAGAAUGAAAUUCCCUCAGUUGAUGAUGAUGAUGAUGAUGAUGAUGAUGAUAAUGAACUUAAUCUUGAACUUGAUAUGAAUGAAUUAUUUAAUGAUGAUUCAUGUUCACAACAAACAAUACAAAGAGUAAAAGCUAAACGAAACGAUAUAACAUGUCAACUUCAAGUCAAACAGAAUACCUAA